UGGCAUGAAACAACUCACAAAUUACUGGACUCCUACCCCCAACACUGUAGGGAACCAACAACUGGCUGACGACCUGAAUGUGACAAGGAGAUGCUUGGUGUCCUUUCAAGGUCACUCGAAGAGCUCGAUCUCGAGUGGUCACCUCCAGAUGAACCUACACAAUCUCGCCUUGAUGGAUCGUUCCUGCAGUCCGGACGCCGUCAAGCGACCGCGUCCCGCAGAUCUGCCCCGUUCUUCCCUGAAGUUCAUAACGAACUGUCAAAAUCCUGGUGUGCACCCUAUUGAGCUCGCCCGUGCAGUGAUUCCAUCCUCUCUAAUUUGGAUCACGGGGAAGAAAAAGGUUUUGCCCAACUACCCCCUGUGGAGGAGGUGGUAGUGGCACACCAAACCCUCUGCGCAGCAAAAGCACUCCUGACGGGCAAAGCCCUUUGAAGCGGAAUGCAGAGCUCGCUGUUCCCUCCGGGUCUGCUCCGAAGAAGGCUUGGAGAUACACAACACUGUUCCCCAUCUCCCCACUGUUGUUUGUCGGGAAAGGAAUGCUGCUGUUCACAAUAUUGUUCAAAAUGUUGUUUCUGUGACUCACAUUCAAAUAAGUGCAAUAAUUUUUUUUUUAAAAGAAUACAGCGCUCGUUGCACAUGCAUGAGACGCUCAUACAUUCUCAAUAAAGAGCUCUUUUCCUUUUCAAAGCCCACACAUUAUGCACAAUCGCUGAACAAACCAAACUGCCCUCUGUCCCCUUACGCGUAUUUCAGAUUGGGUGCUAAAAACGAUCGAACAUGGGUAUAUGAUCCAAUUUGCAUGUCGGCCACCCCGUUUCUUCAGCGCUCUGUCUUCCAUGUUUUCAUCCAAAGACGCACCAGUGUUACGAGCCAAAAUAAACAGUCUCCUCGUGAAAAGCGCAACACAGGUUGUUCCAAAUUGUCAAACCCAAAAAGGUAUUUACAGCCUUUAUUUUCUUGUCCCAAAGAAAGACGGUGGAAAGAAAGAAGAUUCAGCCAAUCCUAAAUCUUAGACAUUUGAAUCACGCACUUGUAAAGCGCCCAUUCAAAUGAUUACUCAGAAACGGAUCUAAUCGCACGUCCGCCCACAUGUUUGGUUUGCGUUGAUAGAUCUUAAAGAUGCAUACUUUCAUGUCCAAAUUGUACAACCUCACAGGAUGUUUUUGAGAUUCGCGUUCGAGGGAAUGGCAUAUCAAUUCAAUAUCCUGUCCUUCGGGCUGUCUCUGGCUCCUCGCAUGUUCACAAAGUGCAUCAAUGCAGUUCUCGCCCAUCUGAAACUGAGUGGCGUACAUAUUUUGAACUACCUCGACGAUUGUCUGUGACAAAUCAGAGGAUCUGUUAUGCCAGCACAGGGACUUACUGCUUCAGCAUCUAAACAGCUUAGGCCUCAAUGUCAACUGGGCGAAGAGCACGCUCUUCCCCCAGCCAGCAAAUCUCCUUUUUGGGAGUCCGCCUCAACUCUGUGAGCAGGCACGCACACCUCACGAAUGAGCGCAUUCAGGCCAUUCUGCAGUGUCUGUCUCAGUUCAAACUGGGGAGAACACUUCCACUGAGGCUGUUUCAAAAUGCAAUGUGGUUUAUGGCGGCAGCAUCCGAUGUCAUUCCAUUAGGUCUUUCACACAUGAGACCUCUUCAGUGCUGGCACUGUGUGCCACAACAUGCUUGGUGCCAUGGGCACAUGCGCAUCACUAUAUCUCGCUGCUGUAUAGCUGCUCUAGCACCUUGGCUCCUGCCUUUUACCAGAGAGGUGUCAUGCUGGGGCAGAUUUUCAGACAUAAAGUGGUGACUACGGAGGCUUCCAACACAGGUUGGGGCGGUUUGCGAUGGAUGCCCGGCUUUGGCACCUAAACAGGUGCGAGGAGGGCGUGGCAUAUCAACCUCCUAGAGCUAUCAGCUGUAUUCUUAGCAAUGAAGGCUUUUCAGUCAGAAAUAGCGAACUGUCAUAUUCUAGUUCGCUCAGACAACAUGACAGUUGUGGCCUAUAUAAACCGCCAAGGCAGAAUACAUUCACCGCCAUUGAUGAGACUGACGCAUCACCUCCUCCUGUGGAGCGAGCAUCAUCUCCUUUCCCUGAGAGCGACAUAUGUCCCAGGCCAUCUGAAUUACUGUGCAGACCUAUUGCCACGCCAAGGGGUGAUACCGGGCGAAUGGAGACUUCAUCCUCAGACUCAGAUUUGGGAAAUCUAUCUAUUUGCCUCAGUGGAGAACGCCCACUCUCCCCUCUGUUACUUGAAGUUCUAAGCCCCACUGGGAUAUGACCACAAAUGGCCAGUGAAAUGCAAAUAUUCUGUUUGCCCCAUUGUGCCUCCUUCACUCUGUCAUAUGCAAAGUCUGAGAGGACAAGGAAACUAUUCUAUUGGUUGUGCCGAAAUGGCCCAAUCAGCCAUGGUUUCUGGAAAUUAUAGAGAAGUUGUACGGCUCACCAUGGGAAAUACCGCUGAGGAGGGAUCUCCUCUCUGAGGUGCAAGGCACAGUCUGGCAUCCCCAGCCCAAGCUGUGGAACCUGCAUGUGUGGCCCCAGAACUGAUGCCGUCGACGAGACGCCUCUACGUGUUGAGAUGGAAUGUGUUCACUGAUUGGUGUCUUUCACAUGGCAAAGACCCAAUAAACUGCCCCAUACAUGAAAUUCUCAUAUUUCUUCAAGAGUGAUUAGAAGCAGGACUCAUUCUGAGGUUUCAACUAGGUUGUGUGGAAGGACACUCCACAUAUGUGUUAGCAGAACACAAUGUCUCGUUCCCUUCGUCUCAAGGAACCGAGGUUACGUACGUAACUGAGACGUUUUAAUAUUAGGUGUAAGCCUAAUAAAUUCCCUUGUGUUCCCAAAAUAAUGCUGCCAAAUAUGUGUUCUUAUCGAAUUUGUGUUUGUAUUGAAUUUCGUUAAUACAGUUAUUGAUACCUAAAAUAAAAUGGAACUAAAUUUUAGAUUCAGUUCCAUGGACUUGUAUUAUUUUAUGAUUUCAUCGCUUUCGGCUUUGUUUCUUUAAAACGAAGAUAUAUAUUAGUGAACCUGCAGAGUUGCGUUCACAAUGCAUGUUUUUUUUUUUUUUUCUCCCAAUUUGGAAUGCCCAAUUUCCAAUGUGCUUUUUAAGUCCUCAUGGUCGCAUAGUGAUUCGCCUCAGUCCAGGUGGCGUAGGAUGAAUCCCAGUUGCCUCCGUGUCUGAGACGGCUGGCUUGUUGAGCGUGUUGCCACGGAGACAUAGCGUGUGUGGAGGCUUCACGCCAUCCACUGCGGCAACCAUGCUCAACUCCCCACGCGCCCCACCGACAACAAACUACAUUAUAGCAACCACGUGGAGGUUACCCCAUGGUGACUCUACCCUCCCUAGCAACUGGGCCAAUUUGGUUGCUUAGGAGACCUGACUGGAGUCACUCAGCACUCCCCUGGGAUUCGAACUAGCAAACUAACGAACUCCAGGGGUGGUAGCCAGCGUCUUUACCACCGAGCUGCCCAGGCCCUAGUUCACAAUGCAUGUUAAGCGCAAACUGCUCUGUGGAAAUAAAGCGAAUUAAACUCACAGCACCUCCUGAGAUGGUCAGAGAUCAUUUGCAGCAUUCUCAUAGCAACACUAUUCUUGCAACAGUUUUCAGACAAAUGAAACAGAGAAAAAAGAGUGACAACUCUUUACAUGGGCAUGUUCUUUGUGUCUCCUUCCAAUGUUGCAGGUAGAUGAGCAAAUUUACCAAUGCACGAAAUACCCAUAUUUGGAGGAGCUUGCAAACUGGAUUCAGGCUCGUUGCAUUUGGAUUGAAGAACGUCUUGAAGUGUCCUGUAGCAGCUCUCACCACCUGCCAACUGCCAUUUGAUAACACGGCCAGCUGUUGAACUCUGCUUGACCAGGCAUCAGAUCUUCCCCGUGUCUUUUUAUGCCCUCACUCAGCAUGGAGAACUUGAAAAGCUGUUUAAAGUAAAAUAAACACGAUCUCUGAGACUCAGCUCCUCAUUAUGUGUGCAGGAGAUUGGGAGACGGCUCCUGUUUCAGCCGCCCACACUGGAGUUUGGACCACAGCCUGUAGGGCUGCCAAGAGCUGAAACCAUAUAUAUCCACAACCCUAGCCAGGAGCUCCCCGUCACUCUGCUCUCAGUGUUUACAUCCAGCAGACAUUUUCACAUGCCCUCCUUUCACAAAAGGGUGAUUCCACCCAGAGGGAGGACAUCUUUUAAAGUAAUUUUUCUUCCCACAGUGGAGGGUGAUGAAGAAAUCUCUUUAUUUAUUAACACAUCAACCCAUGGAGUGAUAUCAUACCAGGUUUUUGGGAUUGGCAUCCAUGGGGGAUCUGUCAGGGACAUCCACAAAAAAAAUAGCAUUCUGUUAUUUCCCCACAUACAGAGCAUUAAGCUAACACAAACUCAGGAAGAUGCCCCUAAUAUAACAAUUUUAGGUCUGCUGCUUGAUUGCAGUUUACCGAAAAUAUUCUACAAUCAGCCCCAGGGUGGAUGUUUAGUAUCUGAGGAGGGCAGAAUUGCACUUCAGAUCAGUCUUUCUGAAAGAGGGGAAAGGCCUACCCACCUGGACAAACUCAAGCCCUAUGUACUGGAGAAUAUUAUGGUUCUGCUGGUCCUCCCACCACCAGGAAAUUCUGUCUCAGAUUCAAGAAUAGGAGUGUACAUGUUGAACUCGGGGGUUAAAAAGCUCUUUGUUAAGGAAAUGCAGCUCUUGUCAAGGACAGACAGCAGUGUAGAACUAAAUGAAGUGCUGCUCCAGCCUUCUGCUACUAACUUCACACAAGUGGCUUCACACUUCUGUAGAUGGUCUUUGUCAGCUAAAAGUAAAAGGUGUACUAGUCAGUUCAGCCUGCAGAUAUUAGCAGACAGAACAGUGAAUUUGUAUCCACUGCUGGAUGCCACACACAGGUGGUGGGACUCUGAACGGAGUUCUUUGGUUCAGGUCAGACUGAAGCAGAGAGGUUCAGAGCAUGUGGAGCUUUGGCUGUCCAACCAUCUCCCCACUACCUUCAGAAUCACUAGCAUCUCCCUUUCCCAACACAUGCACAAACUCUUCAAGAUGGUCAAUUUUACAAAGUCCUUGGAUUUGUGGUCAGGUUGCUGGAAGCUCCUGUCUCUUCAGCUAGUCUACCCAUCAGCUAAAUCUUUACCCACCAACCUCAGGACCACAGUUACUCUGACAACCAGUGUAGGGCUCCCACUGAAGCUUCAUCUCCAUAUGUAUUCCACUGCAUCAAAGCAUGGAGAUGUUAUGUUUGAGUCUGCUGAGGAGUGUGAACGGCUCUGUCCUCUCCAUAUGUCCAAAGCAGGACGUGCUGAGUGGCAGCAAACUCUUCUCCCAGAAUUAUCCUCUUCCCUCUGGAGAGUGGACAGCAGUCUGGCCUCCUCUCUGUGUAGCCGUUGGCACUGUAGCAAAGAGCUGUCCUGCAGAUGGCCCAGACUUCCUGCAGACCACUCUUUACCUCUCAACUUUGGGGCCACACCUGUCAACGAUAGUAAGGUUAAGAAUUUCACUCUGAAAAACCCGACCGGUUCAGUGGUUUCUGUGGAGAUCAGAACCCUUUCCUCAUACCCAGUACCACUUGAAGCCCUAGAAAUGCUGACCAAAUGGUUUAAUAUUAGCCCGCUAUCUGUGAAUAUCACUACAACAGAAUUUUUACUGUUGGCUGCUAACCAUAAGGAAAGUGAGAGAGGCAGUGUGUUGAGAUUCCUUCUUCAUCCAUGGGAGUCAAAGAUGGUUUCAGUGGCAUACCAACCCACAGAUCACAAGCCUGUUACCUCUCUGCUCCUGAUCAGGAACAAUCUGACCGUGUUUGACAUGGUUCUGGUUAAAGGGUUUGGAGCUAAGGAGCUCCUGAGGGUGGGGGGAAAGCUCCCCGGGCCUGCAUCCUCACUGCGUUUCAACGUACCCCAGUCUACUCUCAUGGAAUGCAGAGAUGGUUUGAGGUCAAGUAAGCCUUUGAUUGCCAUCCAAAAGAGUUUUAAAGUGGAGAAUGCAGGCAUGUUGCCACUGACUGUAAUAUCUAUGAACAUUAAUGGAUAUAAAUGUCAGGGUUACGGCUUUGAGGUGCAGGAAUGCAGAUCAUUCAGAGUGGACUACAACUCGUCCUCAGAAAUCACCAUUGCAUUUACGCCAGACUUCACGUCUUCGUGGGUGAUCAGAGAUUUGACUUUGGUAACAGAGCGUGGCUCUUCCUUCCACUUCACCCUCAAUGUGACUCUGCCUCACCACAUGCUGUCCCUGUGUGCUCAGGUGGUGCCAGGCCCCAGCUGGGAGGAGUCCUUCUGGAUCAUCACACUGGUCUUUACCUGUUCCUCUCUUGCUGGUGUGUGUCUGAUCGCUUUCCAUCAAGCUCAGCACAUUCUGAGUGAGUUCUCCACACCCAGUCCCCACACCAAUCACAACUCAGUACCUCGUGAAAAUAGCAGUGUCAACCACAGCUCCUCAAACGGUGUCAGCAGAGGGAAAGGUAGUUGUAAGAACUACACUGACACAUCUGACAAAGGCAAGGGGAGGGGCUCUCCAGCCAUGGCCAAUGGGACUGUUCGAUCACAGUCCUCAUCCAAGAAAAGUUCCGGAGGCUCAUCCCAGCCUCCAAAGAAGCAAACUAAAGUUUCAUUCCUCUACUGUAGAUACAAAAGUAGCCCUGCAGCUGCUGCUGCAAAUGCUUCUGCUACCUCUGCCUUUUCCAACCCUUCCACGGAUGAAGAGGAAGAUCGCAUCUUUGAGUUGGAUCCAGAGGUUUGUAAUAACAAUAACAACGAUGUAUUAGAUGAAACCCUACUUUUUCCUGAGAAGAAAGAUCACUUUAAAGAAUCCAGAGAGGACAAGGCAUUGCCAGUUGAUAUGUUUCCCAUGGAAACACUUUCUGGAUUACCUGAAAACAUCACAGCAAGCAAAGUCCCUCAACCUGUAGAUGAAGUGAUAGAGAAUGAUGAAAGUAAAAGAAAAAGCAAUGCCGAAAAAAGGGAUAACGUAAAUGAAGAGAAGAUAGAGAGAGGCAGCAGUCAGAUGAAGAGGCCAGAGAAAGAUGCUGAACUUCGAGUAUCUGACAACAACACCAAAGGAAAAAAAAACUCAGGCAGAAGUCGCAGGAAGGCUGCUGAACUCAUUACUGGGCCUCCUGAAAACAACAUUGUUAUGAUGACGGAGAGUGAGAGAGAACCUGAUUGUAGAGACUCCCGUAAUGUUGCUAGAAUCCGCAACAUGAAACCUGAACAACCCAAAAUAGGACCUAACCCAGACAGCCCUCUCAAACACAGUUCCACAUGUUUGGGUAGACAGAGGCACAAGUGUCCAGAGCGACGACUGCAAUGGGAAUUAGGCUCUGAUUCAAGCAGCUCAUCUGGCAGUGUGAGAGCCAGCCGAGGCUCCUGGGGCAGCUGGAGCAGCGCUAGCAGCAUAGUGGGAGAAAAGGAUCCAAAAAGAUAUCCCAGCAGGAAACGAGGCAACAUCCAUUACAACCCAUAUCCAACAGAUCGUGAAUGUUACCUGAACAUGAACUAUACUUACAAAACUCAAAGCAUGAACAGUCUUUAUGUCAGGGAACCGUGCCAAAGCCCAGAGGGCUGUCCUGCCCCUGCACUCCCUCACAGCUUCGCAGAUGUAGCUGGAGGUAUGGAAAAGAACAUUGAUAUGAUUAGCUCUAAUGUGUUAGAAGAAACUUGGUCAGCCCCCUCAAUUCCUCUGACCAAUGAAUUCAGGUACAACAUGACCGAAUCACUCCCCUUUGUCCCACAGAGUCCCUCAUCCGGCUAUAAUGGCUUCCCUUGGAACAACAUGAACAGCCAGUGCACGAGUCAAUAUCCAUAUAGUCAUCAGACAAACUUCUUGCCACCUGGGAUUGGCAAUUACCGAAAGGCAUUCUCAUGCCAUGAAAGCCAAAUCACGACCCACAGCCAUCAACCAUUCUGGGGUGAGAAGGGAGCACAUGACAUGAACUCCACUUGGAACACUGGCAGUUGUGUGGGCAGCAAGCCAUACUUUCCAGGAACCAGAAGUCUCUCACCCAUGUCCAGUCUAUUUGGCUCUAUCUGGACACCCCAAAGCGAGCCUUACCAGAACCAUUUCCACACAGCACCUGUCUCGCCCCAUUCACCAGUCUCACCCAUUGCAUCUUUCAGUCGUGAACCAGGCAGCGCCUGCCCAGGCAAACAGUACUCCAGCUUCAACCCCUUUGGACCACACAUGAAUUUGGACAUAUGGAACUCCUCUUCAAACCGUAGCUCCAACUCUCAGCUUUCCAACGAUUCGGGCUACUGUGGGGAUAUGUGAGGGAACAGUGCAAAAGUGGUGCUUUUGAAAAAUGAUGAUAAAGGAAUGUGCUUUUAUCUCUAAUGGGGAAAAAUGUGAAUAUUCUUUUAUGUUUGUUGUUGUGGGUUCAGCAUUUUGUUGUAUAUUUUUCUAGAUGUUUUGCAUUUUUGACCAUUGAAAAUAAAAUCAAGUUUUGUACUUAGUUACUUUAAAAAAAAAAAAAAAAUUGAAGUGAGUUACUUUUUGCCAUCAGGGAGUACCAUUGCCAUGAACGGGUGUACCUGGUCUGCAACGAUGUUUAGGUACUGUAGGUGGCACGUGUCAAAUUCAGAACAUUGCCCAGAGCAUCACACUUCCUCCACCGUCUUUUCAUCUUUCCACAGUGCAUAUUGGUGCCAUCACUUCCCCAGGUAAACGGUGUACACGUACACGGCCAUCCACGUGAUGUAAAAGAAAACGGGACUCAUCGGACCAGGUGACCUUCUUCCACUGCCCCAAGGUCAAGUUCUGAUGCUCACGUGCCCAUUGUAGGUGCUUUCGAUGGUGGACAGGGGUCAUCAUGGGUCAUCAUGGGCACUCUGACCGGUCUGCUGCUACGCAGCCUCAUACGCAGCAGGGUGUGAUGCACUGUUUGUUGUGACACAUUCCUCCCGUAACCAUCAUUGACAUUUUCUGUGACUUGUGCCACAGUAAACCUUCUGUCGGUUUGGAUCAGACGGGAUAGCCUUUUCAUUGAGCUUUGGGCGCCCAACACCCUGUUGCUGGAUUGUGGUUUGUCCCUCCUCGGACCACUGUCGGUAGGUACUCACCACUGCUGACUGGGAGCACCCCACAAACCUUGUCAUUUCAAAGAUGCUCUGAAACAGUCGUCUGGCCAUAACAAUUUGGCCCUUGUCAAAGUUGCUCAGGUCUUUACUCCUGCCCAUUUCUCCUACAUUCAACACGCUGACUACAAGAACUUAACAUCUAAUCUACCCAGACCUUGACAUGUGGCCUUGUUAGGAGAUGAUCAGUGUUAUUUGCUUCACCUGUGAGUGGUCAUAAUGUUUUGGUUCAUUAGUGUAAUUCUGUGCAAUAACCAGGGUCAGAAGUUAAAGGUGUAGUUCACCCAAAAAUGAAAAUUCUCUCAUCGUUUACUCACCCUCAUGCCAUCCCAAAUGUGUAGGAAUUUCUUCUGCUGAACACAAACAAAGAUUUUUAGAGGAUUACCUUAGCUAUGUAGGUCUAUACAGUGCAAGUGAAUGUAAUCAG